AUGGGAUCAGUGCCACAUCUCGACCAUCAUCACACCUCCGACGACUUUACUUUCAACGUUGCUAUCAUCGGUGGUGGGAUUGGUGGCCUUGCACUUGCACUUGCCCUCAACAAGUACCCCCAUAUCAACUACCAAAUCUAUGAAGCCGCGCCAAAGUUCAGUGAAAUCGGCGCCGGUGUCUCAGUCGGGCCCAACGCACGACGAGCUCUUGAGCUGAUCGGCCCUGAUGCCUUCAGAGCACUCACUGACCAUUUGACGAGUAAUCUGUGGCCUUCACACCAGAACACCUGGGUUCAGUACACUAUCGGCAAAGGCCCCAAUGCGGACGAUACAAUUACCCACCAACGCAAUGCCUACGGCCAACAAUCUAUCCACCGUGCCAAAUUCCUUGACGGUCUGGUUCAAGGUGUGCCACCUCAGCGGGCUCAUUUCAAUAAGCGUCUCGUCCGGCUCGAAGAUCCUGCGCCACAUGAUAAGCCUGUGAAGCUUUUCUUCAAAGACGGCACAACCGAGACCGCGGACUGCGUAAUCGGCGCCGAUGGUAUCCACAGUCCCAGUCGAGCGUACAUUAUGGGGAGCCUUGAAGCGGCCAACCCUGUCUUUUCUGGAACCGUCGUCUACCGUAGCCUAGUACCUAUGGAUGAGGCUGUGGAGAAAUUAGGCGACGAGUAUGCAAACAAUUGUUACAUUUCAUGUGGCCCCCAUCGAGCAAUUAUGAGCUAUCCCAUUGAAUUCGGUGAGCUUCUCAAUGUUGUGGUCAUGGACUACAAACACGAGAAUUGGGAGCAUGAGAAAUGGAUUGUGCCUGCAGACUGGAACAACUUAAGCGAGCUCUUUGAAGGCUGGGGACCUCAAAGUCGUGGCAUCAUCGAGCUCCUUAAUAAACCUGAUCUUUCACUUUGGGCAUUGCACGACAUGCCACCCACGCCCACCUACUUCGAUCAUAAUGUAGCGAUGCUAGGGGAUGCAGCGCAUGCGACAACACCCUUCCAAGGCCAAGGCGCUGGACAAGCCAUUGAGGAUGCACUGGUCCUGUCAAAGGUGUUGGCCAAGAUUGAAGACAAAUCGCAGAUACCGAAUGCAUUCUCGGCUUACGAUCAAGUAAGAAGGCCUCGCAGCCAGAAAAUUGUCAGCACAAGCCGUGACGCUGGGGAGUUGUGUGGCAUGACUAUGGUGGGCGUCGGCGGAGAUGUGGCGAAGAUGAAGAAGGAAUUCGAUGUGAGGAUGAGGUGGAUUUGGGGCAGGGAUCAGAGCAAGCAGUGUGCUGAGGCAGUCGAGCUGCUCGAAGAGUCCAUGGCAGAAUGUUGA